AUGGCCGAUUUUCUUGUUCUAUCGCUCAAAAAAUAUGUCGAGGAGAGAUUUGCAGGGCCGUUGAAAAGCAAUGAGAGAAUAACCCUUUCGUUGGACGAUAUAAGAAGAAUGGACAGGGAGCUUAGCGCAAAGAUCCUGGAGGAGCCCAUUUCGUUCAUACCGCUUGUAGAGGACGAAUUAAACGUUAAAUUUUCGUUUGUCGGCUCAUUCGGUGAAUAUCAACAUACCCCGUCAACCAUAACAUCUAAUUUUCUUGGCAAGAUGGUGAAGGUUGAAGGAAUCAUCACCUCACUCUCUAACAUUAAGCCGAAAUUGAAGAAAAGCGUACAUGAACAGCACAAUGCAUUCUACAGCAAAGAGUACAGAGACGCAACGACACUGACAGCGUUUCCCCUCACCAACACGGUGGUGCCACAAACACUUCAAAAUGAGGUUUUGAACUUCGAAUAUGGUUUCAGCACCUACAUUGACACACAGGCAGUCACCAUACAGGAAAUGCCGGAAAAUACCAAGCCUGGUGCAAUGCCCAGAUCGAUGAAUGUCAUCCUUUACGAUGACCUGACCGAUUCACUGAAACCGGGUGAUCGAGUUGUGUUGGCCGGUAUUUACAAGACCUACUGCUAUAAUAACACGAAUUUUCCGAAUUAUUUGCCGACCGCGCUGAUUGUAAAUCAUGUUGAAAACAAAAAUAUAAAACAAAUAUUCGAGGAGAGGUUUAAAAAAGUAACAUGCGAACGCACAAAUGAGUAUACCACACAGCUGAACGAGAAUGGUAAUAUCUCCAAUCAAAUGGGCGAUACCAAUAGGCAUGAGCAGAUCCCAUGCUCCAAUUUCCCCGAUGGUGAAAGCACAGUCACAUCAGAAAACGUUCUGGAGUACGUAGCACCAUUCAUUUUCAUUUCGCCACAGAUCAAAAAAGCUAUUCUUCUGCAAAUGAUCGGUUCAGAGAACGAUGUGUGUCGAAGAAGUAUAAAUUUACUGCUGCUGGGCGAUCCUUCAACCGCGAAGAGUCAGAUACUGCGAUUUGUCAUAAAUACGAUGAAUGCGAUUAGUACUAGCGGCAAGGGAUCAACCGGCGUAGGCCUAACGGCAAGCAUUGUAUCAGAUAAGAACGAAAGACGAUUAGAGGCGGGUGCGAUGGUGCUAGCAGAUAACUCUAUAAUUUGCAUCGAUGAAUUUGAUAAGAUAAACUACAACGAUUCUGUAGUUUUGCACGAGGUGAUGGAACAACAGAGCAUCAGUAUUAACAAGGCAGGGAUACACGUCACUUUGAACGCACGAGCCGCAGUUUUGGCGGCCGCAAACCCGGUGUAUGGUAAUUUUGUGGACGAUGCGCUGGAGAAACAGGUGAAAAUACCGGAGAGCCUCCUGAGCAGGUUUGAUCUGAUAUUCCUGGUAAUUGAUGAUGGUUCGUUUGAUUCGCAGAUUGCUGAUCAGGUGCUGCGCAACCACAGCAGCUCGUCCGAUCUCCAGGAUGACCGUGUGUUCGAUUUACGCAAGUUUAUUUUCGAGUGCAAGAAGUACAAACCAAGAAUGCGCAAAGAGUCCGCUCAAUUUAUCAUUGACUAUUACGUAGAGUUGCGGAGAACUAAAACACGGUUUCCCGCUACACCACGUCUCUUGGACAGUCUCAUACGUCUGAGCAACGCGAAUGCCCGUUUCAGGAAAUCCAACACAAUAGAUGAGGUUGAUGUGAAAGAGGCGAUAAACAUGGUUGAGCACUGCUAUACCAUUCCAAAGGGCAGUUUGUUUAAAAGGAUGAAACUUGAUAAACACGGCACUGAAAUGUCUGUUGAUGUCGAAAAUUCCAGAAACGUUGUUGCAGGUGAGGCAUCAAAUGCUACCUCUCUCAUCAAAGAGAUAAUCUCGGGAUAUCGCGAGGAAAAUCCUGAUUCAUCGUUUUUAUCUCUCAACGAUGUUGCUGCCAGGUGUGAGCUGCCCUUGGAAGAGAUCAGCAGGAUAUUAACGGAGCUGGAUGCUGAAGACAUCAUCAUGUUUAAAGGUGAGACUAUCAUCUUUUUAAAUUAAGUAAAUCAGUU